AUGUCAAAAACUCAGAGUAAUUAUGCUAGAUUAAAAAGUAUCGAUGACACGAAAUUAGAAAAUACUGCAGCUGAAAAUGUAGAAAGUGCAGAAAUAUUGGAAGCAAAAGAAAGCUACAUGAAAGAAAUUUUAAAAUCGCUUAAACAAGAACCAGAUAUAGGCUUAUUAAGGAUAUUAGAUUAUAAGUCCAAAAUAUCAAUACUAGAGACAGAAAUCAAAGAGCUAAAAAAUUAUGAAGCAUUGAAAAAUAAAUUAUAA